UAAUUUAUUGUAUCCAUUUACAAUGGCUCAGUCUCCUGGAGUGACAAUGUUAACUACUGAGGAAAUUAAGAGGCAAUACCCUCUACACUUUUGUGUUUGGAAUAAUGAUUUUGAGGGUUUAAAGGAACAAUUGGAUAACACUGACAAUCAGGCAGACCUGGAGAGGAAGGAUGUACGAGGCAGAUCACCGCUCAUGUUGGCUGUUACACUUGGCCACCUAGAGUCUGCGAGACUUCUCAUGGACAGAGGUGCGAAUAUCAACACGGAGAACCGAGAAGGUUGGACAGUAAUACAGGAGGCAGUGGCGACCGGAGACCCAGAGCUGGUACAACAAGUGCUACAGAGAAGAGACUACCAGCGCCUCUCCACCAGAGUAGGCGGGGUGCCCGAGUUGCUGUUGAGGCUAAAAGAGGCCCCCGAUUUUUAUGUAGAAAUGAAGUGGGAGUUCACAAGUUGGUUACCUCUGGUGUCUCGUAUGUGUCCCAGCGAUACCUACAAGGUGUACAAACAAGGAUCCAAAGUUCGCAUAGACACUACGCUUCUUGGCUUCGACCAGAACAACUGGCAACGCGGCAAUACCAGCUUCAUCUUCCAUGGGCAGACCCGGACGUGUCCUAAACGCGAUCAAGUGCAACCGCAGCUACAUAUUCCAACUGGUGUCGACUGCAGGCAAGUCACCGAGCCCUCACCCCCACCACCCAACUAGCUUACACAGUAGGAC